GAGGCCGCGCCAGCCGUCCGCCGAACCGAAGUAACCCCCAAAACCACACGGAUCCAGCCGCUUCCCCUUCCCCCACCGCCGAUGGCCUCCGCCCCGCCGGCGCCGUCGCCCGCAGCGGCGCCAUCUCUGGUGGACACACUGUUCCAGCGCUCCCUGGACGACAUCGUCAAGUCCCUCCGCGCGGACCCGUCGGCCGCCGGCGAGUCCGCGACCGUCGCCCGCGCGCUCUCCGAGAUCCACCGGGAGAUCCGCGCCCCCGACGCGGCCACUAAGGCCGUCGCGCUGCAGAAGCUCACCUACAUCUCCUCCCUCCACUUCGCCCCCGUCGCCUCCCACCCGCUCGCCUUCCCCGCCAUCGAGCUCCUCGCCUCGCCGCACCUGCCACACAAGCGCCUCGCCUACCUCGCCGCCUCGCUCUCCCUCCACCCGGCCUCGCUCUCUCUGCUCCCACUCGCCACGCACCAGAUUCACAAGGACCUCUCCCCUUCCGCCUCUGCCGCCGCCUCCCACCGCCACGUCUCCGCGCUCGCGCUCCAGCUCCUCGCCUCCCCCGCCGCGGCCGCCGCGCCCGACCUUGCCGUCCACCUCGCGCACAACCUCGUGCCACACCUCUCCCGCGGCAGCCCCCGCGCCAUCGCGGCCGCCGCGCGCGUCAUAGCCGCCUCGCCAUCUGCGGCCGUGCCGGUCCUCUUCAAGCCGCUGGCGGCGUGUCUCGCGUCCCCCGACCCGCGGGCAUCUACAGCUGCUGCGGCAGCGUUCUGUGACCUAUCGGCGUCGCCGGCUGACGCGGCCCCUUUCCUGCCGCUGGCGCCCGAUCUCUACAACCUGCUCACCACGUCCCGCUCUAACUGGGCGCUCAUCAAGGUGCUCAAGGUGUUUGCGCGGCUGGCUCCUCUUGAGUCACGCCUAGCUGCUCGAAUUGUUGACCCAGUAUGCCAGCUCCUCACUCGGUCUGCAGCAAUGUCACUGACCUUUGAGUGCAUCCGCACGGUGCUAACUGCACUGCCAGCACAUGAUGCGGCUGUGUGCCUCGCCAUUGGGAAAGCUAAGGAGUUCCUUGCCGCUGAUGAUGAUCCAAACCUUCGGUACCUUGGGCUCCUGGCGCUUGGUAUGCUUGGGCCAGCAUAUGCAUCAACGGUGAAUGACUGCCGUGGUGUUAUUGCACAGUCACUGGGUGAUGCUGACUCAAACAUCUGCAGGGAGGCGUUGCACCUCAUGAUGGGGAUGGUUGAUGACAACAAUGUCAUGGACAUUGCCGGGAUGCUGGUCAGUCAUGCUGCAAAGUCAGACCCAGAGUUUGCAAAUGACAUUCUUGGAGCUGUUCUUGUAGCAUGUGGGCGUAAUGUGUAUGAGCUGGUGGCAGACUUCGAUUGGUAUGCCUCGCUUCUUGCAGAUAUGGCUAGGAGCCUGCAUUGUGCUCAGGGUGAUGAGAUUGGUCGGCAGCUUGUUGAUGUGGGACUGAGGGUGCAUGAUGCGCGGCCAGAGCUUGUCCGUUCAGCUCGAACUCUCCUGAUUGACCCUGCUUUGCUUGGGAAUCACUUCCUCAACCCUGUUCUUUCGGCUGCCUCUUGGAUUUCUGGUGAGUAUGUGGACUUCAUAAAGGAUCCUGUCGAGGUUGUCGAGGCACUUUUGCAACCAAGGACCAGCCUCCUGCCAAUGUCAGUGAGAGCAGUCUACAUCCUUGCAGUGUUUAAAGUGAUUACGUUCUGUUUCAGUGUGUAUGUAGAGAGAUUGGAUGAUUCAAGCAAGGCAGUCGAUGUAUUGUCUGAUUGGUUAGCUGUUGAUCAAACUGUUAGCGCAGAAAGAAAGGUUGCUCCUGGGUCUGGUGACGAGCAAGUUAUUGGGCCAAACACAGUGGAAAAGGACCCUUUUUCACAUGAAUCAAUACUUUACAUUGUUAACUUGAUUCAAACAACAGUCAGCCCACUUGUUGAGUGCAAUGAAGUAGAAGUCCAGGAGAGAGCACACAAUCUGAUCGGUUUUGUCCAUUUGGUAAGGGAGAUUCAAGAGUUGAAGGAAAGGAAGGUUGCUGAUGAUGACAAGCAUAGCCGGGUAAAGGAGCUUGUCAAGACUAUGCGGACAGUUUUCUGUCAAGAACUAGGUCCUGUUUCUGCUAAUGCACAACAGAAAGUAGCCCCUCCAGAUGGUCUUGUCCUGAAUGAAAAUCUUGUCGAACUUGCUGACAUUCUGAGUGAAGAUGAUACUACUCCCCCAACUUCAAUCUUUUUCCGUCCUCGCAGCCGUCAUUUCGUAGAGACGAGAGAUGAACCUGCAGUGUCAAUGGGUUCGUCUUCUCUUUCUGAACAUCGUAAACGGCAUGGGCUCUUUUAUCUCCCAACUGGAAAAGCUGAGGAUGAGUCAAAUGAUUACCCUCAUGCCAAUGAUCCUUUGCCACCUGUUAGCAUUGAAACUGCUAUUGAUGAUAAGUUGAAGACUGUCAAACCUGUCUUUGCUGGGAAAAAAUCGAAGUCCACGAAGUCCAGACCAAAAGUAGUUAAACUGGAUGGUGAGGAUUUCCUCAGUUCUAUGAUGGCCAGUGCGAAUGUUCCGAAAGAAGACCCCUUGUCUGGUGCUGUACGUGGUGUGUUCUUGGGUAGAGAUGCCAAGCCAUCAUCUUCACAAAAUGUUUCAGGCAUUAUGUCUGAAGGAAUGCUAAACAAAAUGGGCACUAAUGAAUCUAGUUGUCAAUGGAUAGAGAACAUAGAUACUGAUUUAGGAGGCCAUCUUACUUCAAGUUCUAGAACAAGUAAGCAUCGAAACCGUGAUAACGAGAAGGGUACAGAUCCUCCUGAAAGUGAUGGAAAAGAAUCAAGAAAGCACAGAAGCUCCAGUAGAAGUGGACAUCGUCAAGGAAAACAUAAGCAUAGAGAAAGGCCCAGUACUCAGCCUGAUAUUCUACCUCAAGCUCCAGUAAUCCAAGAUUUCCUUCUGUAGCCGCUGAGAGACUUUCUCGUUUGAUACAUUUCUGUUACCAAAUACAUGUUGAUUUUUGUUCCUUCACAUUAUUAGCAUUUUCCUUUCUCUUUUGACCUGUGGGUGUUGUUUAGUUUAUUUAUCAGUUGCUGUUGUUCUAAUUAUUACUGUUGUAUUAUGUAUAUCUUCUUGGGCAUA